CGCGCUCCCGCCCCUGUGUGUGUGUGUGUGUGUGACUCAGUGAGAUUCACUGGUGUUUAGGUGAAUAUUCAGAGAGCCCAGAGCUAAGCUACAGCCACGCCGUCUAUUCCUCUUGGCUGCGGGAAAACAUCACUGCUUAGACAACAUGUCCAAACUAGAGCAAAUAUUAAUUCUCGACCCGCCGUCUGAUCUGAAAUUCAAAGGCCCGUUCACAGAUGUCGUGACCACCAACCUCAAGCUCCGAAACCCGUCCGACAAAAAAGUAUGCUUCAAGGUGAAGACAACCGCACCACGUCGCUACUGCGUUCGGCCUAACAGUGGCUCCAUUGAUCCCGGUUCCUCAGUCAUUAUCUCUGUAAUGCUGCAGCCUUUUGACUACGACCCAAAUGAAAAAAGUAAACAUAAAUUCAUGGUGCAGACCAUUUAUGCACCAUCCAACGUAACCGACUUGGAAGCAGUGUGGAAGGAUGCAAAGCCUGAGGACCUCAUGGACUCUAAGCUCAGAUGUGUUUUUGAACUCCCUUCAGAAAAUGAGAAACUGUCAGGUAUGUGUGGCCCUGUAGCUGGGCUCAGAACCCCCAGGAUGCAGCAGUGUGUGGGCAGCUGCUCAGCCUCCACUCCUGGAGAUUACUGCACACCUGCAGGCAGCCGAAACCUCACUGAUGAGCAAGAAGUGUUUGACUUUCCCAGUGUCAGGCCAGGCCAAAGAUCAGGGUGGGACAGACAGAGUCAGAAUGACGUAGACCCGACUAAAGCUGCCCCCAUGCUCAACUCCUCCAAGGCAGACAACACAUCAGCAGCCAAGCCCAGCAGCCUGGCUCUGGAGGACCCAGAGAUGAGAAAGGUGGUGGAGGAGUGCAAGAGGCUGCAGUCAGAAGUGAGCAAACUGGGAGAUGAGAACCGACAACUUAAGGAUGAGGGUCUGCGGAUGAGGAAGGCCCAGCGCUCAGAAAACGUGGUCUCAAACACGGCAGGCAUGGUGAGGAAGGAAACCAGUUCCAAAUCGCUCCCCUCACUGCUUGUUGUUAUUGCGGCGAUCUUCAUUGGAUUCUUCUUGGGGAAGUUUGUGUUGUAGGAUAAAUGCGUGUGUUCUGCCCAGCUCCUUCCAGUGUCUUCUGGGCCUUAGGGGGCAAAGCGUGUGUUCUUGUCGUUCAGCGUCGCAUCAGUGCUAGUCUGGCCUAAGGCGGCGGGGGAAAAAUGCGUCUGUGUACAGAAUCAUUCAAACAGGCCUUGCCUUUUUGCAAUCUCACACGGUUAGUACACAUACACACUCAGAAAAGAGAAGAACAAAGUCUCUCCGUUUGUUUGUUUGUUGUUUUUUUUUUGUGGUGAGGGGUAUUUCUUUUUCCUUCCAAGGGUGGAACAGAUUUAACUGUACAUUUAUUAAUACAUCAAUUGCAGUCAAAUAGCCGGCACUGUGUAGAGACCUUUAUGAUAUUGAAAGAAAAAAAAAAAUCUAUGAUGAAUAAAUAAAAUGAAUUGUCCUUGCUUUCUUUAUGUGGAUUAAUAAGUGUUGGAAUGUUUUAAGUGUCUUGUACAUGUCAUUCUAAUCCUUUAUGAACAUUUUAAAUUCAAAAGGAAAAAAAAAAAACAAACAAACAGAUGCUGCGUGUUGCUGGUUGGCCUCUUCACAGUGAACCUGAGCUUCAGAUUUACAAUCAUUUUAUUUUCUUGAAUGUGAAGAAAUCAGCUGGGAGACUGUGCCUCCUUCCAUGUACGUUAUUUUUCUCUCGGUCACCUGACACACACACAUCUUACUCUUACAUUAAGUCUUAGCAUUUACUUUAUGCAAAUUAUACAUAUACUCCUUUGUGAGGCAACUGUUAACUGAAACAUGACCACUCUGACUGUAUAUGGUAUUUAACAUUGAGCCACUGGGAAAUAAGAGAAAUUAAAAUGAAAUAAAUAAAAAAUAUAUCUAA